UUUCUCUACAAUACAGCAAAGCGAGAUAAAAUGGCACCGAAAUCGAAAUCGAAGUCGCUGGCUGAGCAAUUUGCCGAGCUGGAUGAUCCGACUCCUAAGGACUUCGACCCCGAGGAUCUGGACACUGCGAAAGAUGGCCAGAGCGAUGAUGAGGAAUCGGGGGAGAGUGAGGAUGGCGAUGCGGGGAGGGAGCAUUAUCAGGCUGUAGGAAAAUCGAAACUCCGCAAACCAGAACCGAUUAACCUUGGGAAACAAUACGCCGGAUCGAAGGUUAGCAGAGAUGCGCUUGAGGAGGAUAGCGAUGAUGAUCCGUUCAAGGCGCGGUCGAGUGAUGAGGGUGAGGAUGAUGAUGACGAGGAGGAUGUUGGUUUAGAAGAUGCGGAGGAUGACGAGGAUGACAGCGAAGGGGAGUCUGAGGAGGAGGUGGAGAAGCCAAAGGCAAAGGCACCUAAGAAGACGAAGCAAAAACAAGAGCUAGAGUCGGAGGAUGAGGAUGAGGAUGAGGAUGAGGACGGCAUGGAAACCGAUGGCUCGGAGGACAUUGAAGGCGAGGAUGGUCUUGAGGACGAGGAUAGUGAGGAUGGGUCCGAAGAUGAGGAAGACGACGACGACGAGGAUGAGGAUGAGGAUGAAGAUGAAGACGAUCGCAAGCCCAAAGGAGACGACCGAGAAGAGCUGCGCCAGCUGAUGGCCACGGACCAAAAAUCGAUUGCGGCCAGUAUCUCACAGGCAGCCAAGGCAGACGCAGUCAAAGGAAAGGCUGUCAAGCAACAGCGCAAGACCUUCGAUGCUCUUCUGAACACUCGGAUCAAGCUACAAAAGGGGCUGACGGCAGUCAACCAGCUUUCCGUUGCCGCGAAGGAUGCCGAAGAUGUCGACACCGAAGCUAUCAAAUCCGCUGAAUCGGCCGCCCUGGCACUCUGGUCUACGCUCGAAGAUCUGCGAUAUGCACUAGCCGACGCACAAUCUGGCGAAUCGAAGAAACGCAAACGACCCUCCCCUGUGUCACCUACGACAUCCUCAGCCUCGUUGUGGCAGCGUAUGGCCGACCUCGAAUCCGACGCCGUCGCCCACCGCCGCACUGUUCUCGAUAAGUGGUCUGUGAAGGUCCGCGGGUCUAGCGCCUCUCUCCCUAAUGCCCGUGGAAAGCUGCUUGGCUCUGGCGCUUCUGGUCAGCAGACCAUCACCGCGGUCCUAGAUGCGCAACUUGCAUCCGAAGCCGGCGAGCGAUCGGCGAAGCGCGCACGAAAUGCCAACGGAAAUGCUACAACUGGAGACGAGCCAAUCUACGACGAUAGCAUCUUCUACCAGACUCUGCUCCGCGAGCUAGUCGAGCAGCGCAUUUCAUCCGAUUCCAUCACCAACGGCCUCGACACCCUUCACAUUCAACUCCCCUCCAAGCUCUCCAUCCACCCCGUAACGGGCAUGCGCAACGACAAGAACCGCAAAGCAAACGUCGACACCCGCGCCUCCAAGGGCCGCAAGAUGCGAUUCGACGUGCAUGAGAAACUCCAGAACUUCAUGGCACCGGAGGACCGGGGUACUUGGACUACCCGUGCGCGGGAUGAGUUCUUUGCCUCGCUGCUUGGUCGGACGGCUAGCGGCAUGCUUGGUGAAGGGGAUGAGGAUGAUGUCAGUGCUGAGGAGAGCGACGAGGAUCGUGAGGAGGGUGGAUUGAGAUUAUUCCGGAAUUAGGCUUAAUUGGGAUCAGCAUAGCAUAUUGUAUUAUUGUAUAGCAUCAAAAUGUAUAGGAUUUGGACCGUAUACUCAUUAGGGCAGUGAUCCAUCGCCAAAGUCUUAUCGCUUACUUCUCUUUCAGUGGCUGAGACCAGUCCCGACAACGUCCCGACAAAGGAGUCGGAUAUAACGUCUGAAUCAUUCAGUGACACAGAAAAAGCGAAUAUCCCUUGAGUCUCUCAUUCAGGUAUCUCUUUAAGGAUUUGUUGAUUGUCCCGCUGUUGUUAAUCCAGGCUAACGGUGUUGCAGACCACUCC